AUGUAUCAAAGAAACAUGGGCGCAGGUUUUAACUUUCAUAACUUGAUUGGAUUUGCACCCAGCAUAAGAUUUCAUCAACAGCCAUUUGUAAUACAGCAACCAUUCAGUGACAGUAUGAGGCCUCACAGAAAUCUGAUGGGAAGCUCUGCUCCCUUAGAUUUUAUCCCAGUACAAAGACCUUCCGUGCCGCAGAUCACAUCUGUCAAUUUCAACCAUGUCAGUAAUAUACACACAAGUCCUCCACAGCAAACUGUGAAAAAAAAACGCCCAAAUGAUGAUUUAUCUCUGCCACCUAAUAAAAGAGCGAAGUUUAACUCACAUAAUUCACAGAGAACAUUACAGCUAGAUCGGCCUACUUCAUCAGUAAGAGAAGAAGACUUUUUGGUUCCUGUUAAUCAUGGUACAGAAGAGAUAACAAUAGGAAUAUGGGACUAUUUUCUUACAGCACACAUGAAAGAUGAAGACUUAAAAAGAAAGUUAAAGCUGAGGAAAUGUCUCCUAUCUGUUAUGAGUGGAGCAUUCCCAAACUGUAGACUCUUCCUUGUCGGCUCCUCUAUGACAGGAUUUGCAACUCGUUCAAGUGAUGUGGAUAUGUGUCUGAUGAUUACAGAUCAGGAAAUAGAUCAAAAGUAUGAAGCCACUGUUAUUUUAAACUCCAUAUCCAGAGUAUUCAGAAAGUGUUCCUUCAUGAGAUCACCACAAGUUAUUAAAGCCAAAGUACCCAUUUUCAAAUUUUUUGAUGCAAUUUCGCAAGUUGAAUGUGACUUAAAUAUAAACAAUAUUGUCGGGAUCAGAAAUACUCACUUACUGCGAUAUUAUGCUUACAUGGACUGGAGAGUUCGGCCGUUGAUGUUGUUUAUAAAAUUUUGGGCUCGGUUCCAUGACAUCAAUGAUGCCAGCAAGAAGACAAUCUCUAGUUAUUCUCUCACACUGAUGCUAAUACACUACCUUCAAGCUGGUGUCAGUCCACCUGUUCUUCCAUGUUUGCACAGUUUAAAACCUCAUUUAUUCAGUACCUUCAACAAAGUUUAUAGACUGACAUUAGAUUUUGAUGAAAAUAAUAUCAACUUUAUAUCAAGAAAUAAUGUGACUCUGGGGGAGUUGUUUCUCGGAUUUCUUAACUAUUAUGCAAAUAGAUUUGAUUACAACACACAAGUCAUCUCUGUCAGACUGGGCAAGGCAAUUCAUAGGCGUGAGGUCAAUGACUCAAACAACUCAGGACAAUGGAAGUUUCUCAACAUUGAAGAACCAUUUGACAAAAGUAACACAGCAAGGUCAGUGUUCGACUACCAUGUCUUUCAAAGAAUUCUUAGAGUGUUUAAAGUCAGCUACAAUACUCUGGAGAAAUCCAGAAAUGUGAAAGACAUUCUCUCCAGACCCUUUUAGCUCUUGAGUGAUAACAAAUCUGUUGGAAGCAGUAUCAAGUGAAGACUUCAAUAUUAAAAACAUUAACUUGUGUGAUUUUCACAUUUUUUAAUUACAAAUUUCUGGAUAAUUUUGUGUUGGAAAAAAUGUGGGCAGCUUGAAAUGAAACUAGUUAGUCACUUUGUUUCAAUUUGUAUAUUUCUGUACAAAAUUUAGAACUUAUGCUUUUUUUUUUUAUUAUGACAUGUGUACAUAUUUUUCAUUGUACAUGCUAAGUUGAAAUUAAAUGUGGCUUCUAAUAAAAGAACAAGAUAAGCAAAAUGAAAAAAACAAACAUGUUUGAAAUUGUUUUGUCUUUUUGCCAAUGUCUCCUAUUGUUAUUUAUUCCAUUGAUUUGGUCAAAUAGUAGUGUCACUGUUUUUCUUUCUCAGUACAGUAGAACAUUGAUUAUCUGGAUAAAUUGAGAAUGGGUCUGUCUGGAUAAUCAAUCAUCUGGAUAACCAAAUUCAGAAUAUUAUUAACAGUCCAUUUUACUAACAGUAUAAAGAACAGUUUAAAGAAAAUUCAUAUGGAGUUAUCAUGCCAUAUGUAAACAUAAAAUUGAAGUUAAAUAUACAUGGAACAAAGCAUUACAUAUAGUAGCAUACCAUUAUUUAGAGAAAUAAUCGCUGAUCUUUCUCUGUACAUGAGCAAGACUAGUUAGAAAUUGUAGUGUAAAAGUUUUUAAAAGGCAAUCUGGAUAUUCGACAUUCAGGAUAACUGAUGUUCAUAUAAAUGUCGUUCUACUGUAUAUUUCUUUGUCCAGAAUUGGGGAACUUGGAUCCGGCUUUGAUUCACUAUUUUUUAUUUUUCAAUUUUCUUAUUUCUUUCAAUUUUGUUCCAGUAAUUAGUUUAAAAAAUUAUGCUUGUAAUUCUUGAAGUGCAUAAACAUAUUUUUUUAAACAGUUUCAAACAGAAAUUAUAAUUUUAGAUAUCUAAUAA